AUGAGAUACACCAACGGGCAACACCCAGCAGCUAGCAUGGUAGCGUCCUACGGAGUCUACAACGAUUCCGAUUACCGUGAAACCAGCUACAGCGACCCCUACCGGACAGAUCGGGAUCGCGAAGAGGACGGAUUCAUACCACGUUCGAAUCAGUGCCGCGGAGUAGUGGUGAACGCUUCCGGGGACAGCAGUGUAGUGCGUCCAUCGCGACUGCAGCAGUCGCCACAGCAUGCAGCCAGCAACUCCAGGUGCGGAUGGUGCCUGACCAAGGAUGCCACAGCACAGCCUUCAUCCAGCAGCGCUUCCUGCUGGAUUUCCUGGUGCAGGCCCACUAUCCUGCUGCUGGUGCUGGUACUACUGGUGGUGGUGUUUGUCCUAGUCUCCGGCAUACUACUCUAUCACAAUUGUACCACAGCCCACGUCCAGCAGCGCAUCCUGUUGGAUUUCCUGGUGCAGGUCCACUAUCCUGCUGCUGGUGCUGAUACUCCUGGUGGUGGUGUUUGUCCUAGUCUCCGGCAUACUACUCUAUCACAAUUGUACGUUUGCCAAAUCGUUGUAGCAGGCUAUGUAGAAAUCGUUCAUCGUCUCGCGGUGUAA